AAAACACAAAACCAAAAGCACAUUUCAACUGAUACACAAAUGGCGCGGAUUUUGCGCGGAUUUGUUAGAAACACAGACUGAUUAUUCCUGAACAUGGAAGCGAAUCGGACUGGAAGCGUUUUCUUACGCCCUUUGCUCUUCGUCUCGCUCAUCAACAUACAUGGAUCCGUUACUGCGCAUCUUAGAGAAGUAACGAAGUUUGUCCAACAGUACUCAUUUUUCAGCUACGCUUGGGGAAACAGGGGAACACUAAAGACUAACAACGGGGAGGACAGGAUGUCCAGCGACACCUGCUGGCCAAAAGGGAAGAAGAUGAAAGAAUGGAACAAUCAGGUACUGAGCCUGACAUGACCCUGAGACGUAUUACUGCAUUUCUCCACUGCAGCACCACUGCAAAACACCAGCUUGAAGAGAAGCAGAAGCAACUUGGUCUGCUGAGACAUGAGCUGAAAGCAGAUGUGAGGAGAGGAGAGUCUGAUAUCUGCACUCCAAAGCAAACACCUCAGCUGUAGAGGAUUUUAUCAAGGCCAAUGAAAGGUGCAACUAUUUUCUUCUCAGAGAACAGCAACCCCACCAUCUGUUUGAUCCCUGCUUUGCAAGCUCAACUCAACCAGGACACAAAGGACAGUAUUGGAGAGUCAUCGGUGGUCCGAGAGAUAAAGCAGGCCAUCAAUGGGGACCUCAGCAGGAGAUGCACUCGCGAGCAGGAGAGAAACACUCCUUUCACAGCUUCUGCUAUUGACCCAUGAUUCAAGCGCUUGCCUUUCCUUUCUGAGGAGAGAGUGAAGACAUAUGAAAGAGUGAUUGUUGAGGCUGCAUUGUUGACCUAAUUCUCUGGGCUUAAGACAUUCAAUUAUUUAACUUCUCCAAUUGACCGAAUAACAAAUACUCUAUAAUAAUAGGUUUAAGAUAUCGCAUAGAACAAGUAAAUUUGUUUUGUGUUAUUGAUUUUGUUCAAAUGUGAUUUGGAUUGAAGAUAUUGUCAUUUAAAAAUGUAAGAUUUUUGUGUUUACCGCUUCUUCUCAUUGAGUUUACCUACAGCAAGGGGUGAGAGUAGAAAAGGAGGAGAACCCAGAGCACAACACAUGGAGGGAAGAAGACACCCCCACCACUGAGGAACACCAAAGCCCUGCUUCCAAAAGAAGAUCGCCAUCAUCUUCUCUGCGAGAGAAUCUAUGGGUGCCGGACGAAGGGUGAGUCCAUUUGAAGCAAAGACCCCCCCUCACCGAAUCUCUCCUGGGCAGCCAGGCGACACAGCACUGCCGGAGGAUUGAAGGCAAGAAGAAGCAGCCAUGAAUGGCACAGAGGGACCCAACUUCUACGUCCCCUUUUCAAACGCCACUGGCUUGGUGAGGAGCCCUUUUGAAUACCCGCAGUUCUACCUUGCUGAACCAUGGGCUUUCUCCGCCCUGGCUGCCUACAUGUUCUUCCUCAUUAUCACCGGCUUCCCCAUCAACUUCCUAACGCUGUACGUUACCAUCGAGCACAAGAAGCUAAGGACGCCCCUGAACUACAUCUUGCUCAACCUAGCCGUAGCUGACCUCUUCAUGGUCUUCGGGGGCUUCACCACCACCAUGUAUACGUCAAUGAAUGGCUAUUUCGUCUUUGGUACCACCGGCUGUAACCUUGAGGGCUUCUUCGCUACCACCGGUGGUAUCAUUGCCCUCUGGUGCUUGGUGGUCCUGGCCAUCGAGAGGUGGAUCGUCGUCUGUAAACCCUUCAGCAACUUCCGAUUCGGCGAGAACCAUGCCAUCAUGGGACUUGCAUUCACCUGGAUCAUGGCGUUGAGCUGUUCGGCACCACCCCUGUUCGGCUGGUCAAGGUACAUCCCCGAGGGUAUGCAGUGCUCAUGUGGGAUCGACUACUACACCCUGAAGCCAGAGGUCAACAACUACUCCUUCGUCAUCUACAUGUUCGCCGUUCAUUUCUUCACCCCCCUGACCAUCAUCUUGUUCUGCUACGGCCGGCUGUUAUGUACGGUCAAGGAGGCUGCCGCCCAGCAGCAGGAGUCCGAGACUACCCAGAGGGCCGAGAAGGAAGUCUCCCGCAUGGUUGUCAUCAUGCUCGUCUCCUACCUGAUUUGCUGGCUGCCGUACGCAUCCGUAGCCUGGUACAUCUUCACCCACCAGGGCAGCGUGUUCGGACCUGUCUUAAUGACAGCCCCGGCUUUCUUUGCCAAAGCCGCCGCCGUCUACAAUCCCCUGAUCUACGUCUGCAUGAACAAGCAGUUCCGCCACUGCAUGAUCACAACCCUUUGCUGUGGCAAGAACCCAUUCGAGGAACCAGAGGGAGCUUCCACUACCGCCUCCAAGACCGAAGCCUCCUCCGUGGCAUCUGUCUCACCGGCGUAAAGAAAACGGAAAUGGGUCGUGGCAGAGUGCUGCAUGUCUCACUGCUCACAGAAAAUACUCCCGUCUUCGGUAUUGGCUGUGUCUACGCAAGUAACACUCAUAAGGGUGCUGAAUGUUUAUAAGACAGCUGGUUUCGAAUGAGAGACAGUCGCAGGAAGGUGACGCGCUGCUGCACGCUGUGUUGUUUCUGUAUGUAUAGUACGUUUGCCGUAAUUGUGCAAGGAGAAAAAGCGUUUUUAGUGAACUUUAAAAAUCUGAGGUCAGCAGGAAGCGUUACGUAAAAACAUGAAUGUAGAAGCCUGUAACAUAAAAAUGCAACAUAAAUAAAGAGCAACUUGCAAACGAAUGAAUGACUUUCAUUUUCCACUUGGUUAAGAAAAACAAAACAAAAUCUGUAUCCGAUGAACGGCAAUGCGUAACAGUAGUGUAAUUAUAUGUACAUUUAUUUUGGAUAUUUUUAAGUUGAUGUAAGUUGUGUAGUGUUGCUUCCAAAGUAAAUGUUACAGAUUGGAGUUCUCUAGAUAUUAUUUGAUAUGUAAACUUUGCACUUAGUGUAAUGUGUUGAUUAAUUCAUUUUUCAAUUAAAACCAAAUGUUGCAUAGACAGAAAUGAAAUUUGUAGGUACUUUAUUACAUGCGUAUAAAUACUGAAUUUUACAAUCAAUUUUCGUCUGUUUAGCAGAAACAUCAAAUUAUUAUUCAUAACUACCCAGCCUUUAAAAAUUUAUUAU